AUGGAACUAAACCAACUCGAAUUGUUUGUUGCGAGCACGGAGCACACUCGUUCGGAUGCGUGGCGGUACCUGAGACGAUUGAGGGUUUUGGAUUGUAAGAUAGAAGAGGGCUUCGACCGUCUUCACGAAAUAGCAGUCCAGUUAUCAGGCACGGAUUCAGACGGUAAUUUGGUGGAUAACCAGGGGAAUGGGACCCUGCAGCCCGAUCGCAAGAAGCGGGGACGCCCACCGCUCUGUAAAAAUGCUUUUACUGCGACGCCGUAUAAUGUUGGGCAAAGCCCUGACUCUUCUGUUCUGCUGGUUGACCCGGCUGUGGCGAAUCUACAUGAGGAAUUCAGGAAACACAGUCGUUCAGUGAAGAGGUACGCGCUGGAGCGGGAACAGAUUGCUGAAGAACUCGUGGCAAGCGGGAAGGAGUUGACUGAAUACCUCGAAGCCCGGAUGAGGGAAUUUAGGGCCACCUUUAGCAUCAGUGAUUGA